UGACAAAACAUUUUUGAUAGUCAUUGUGAAGCCGAAAAAAAGAAAAACAUUUUUGUAUAUUGUGCAAAAAAUUAUUAAUUGUUAGGAAGUAUUUAAUAGAAAUCAUUAAGCCUGAAAAUGCCCGAUUACUUAGGAGACGAUCAACGUAAAGUUAAACACGAAGAAAAGGAAGAAAAAGAAAUCAAAUCAUUAGAUGAGGGCGAUAUUGAACUAUUGAAAACCUAUGGCCAGAGUCAGUACCACAAAGCCAUUAAAAUCAUUGAGGAAGACAUACAGAAAGCUGUGAAGCAGGUGAAUGAAUUGACAGGCAUCAAGGAAAGUGAUACAGGUCUAGCACCACCAGCUCUCUGGGAUUUGGCCGCCGAUAAGCAAAUAUUGCAAAAUGAACAGCCGCUUCAGGUGGCCAGAUGCACUAAAAUCAUUAAUGCCGACUCCGAUGAUCCCAAGUAUAUUAUCAAUGUUAAACAAUUUGCCAAAUUUGUGGUAGAUUUGGCCGAUUCAGUUGCUCCAACAGAUAUUGAAGAGGGUAUGCGUGUAGGCGUGGAUCGCAACAAAUAUCAAAUUCAUAUACCCUUGCCACCUAAGAUUGAUCCCACAGUAACAAUGAUGCAGGUGGAAGAAAAACCAGAUGUAACCUAUAGUGAUGUGGGUGGUUGUAAGGAACAAAUUGAGAAAUUGCGCGAAGUUGUGGAGACUCCAUUGUUGCAUCCCGAAAAGUUCGUCAACUUGGGUAUCGAACCUCCCAAAGGAGUUUUGCUCUUUGGACCCCCUGGUACCGGUAAAACUUUGUGUGCCCGUGCUGUGGCCAAUCGCACAGAUGCUUGUUUCAUUCGUGUUAUUGGUUCGGAACUGGUACAAAAGUAUGUGGGUGAAGGUGCUCGUAUGGUUAGAGAACUUUUCGAAAUGGCACGAUCCAAAAAGGCCUGCUUGAUUUUCUUUGAUGAAAUCGAUGCCAUUGGUGGUGCUCGUUUCGAUGACGGUGCUGGUGGCGAUAAUGAAGUUCAACGUACCAUGUUGGAACUCAUUAAUCAAUUGGACGGUUUUGAUCCCAGAGGCAACAUUAAAGUGCUUAUGGCUACCAACAGACCCGACACCUUGGAUCCUGCUCUUAUGCGUCCCGGUCGUCUAGAUCGUAAAGUAGAAUUUGGUUUACCCGAUUUGGAGGGUCGUUCCCAUAUCUUUAAGAUUCAUGCUCGUUCGAUGUCCGUUGAACGCGAUAUACGUUUUGAGCUUUUGGCCCGUUUGUGUCCUAAUUCGACUGGUGCUGAAAUUCGUUCGGUCUGCACGGAGGCUGGUAUGUUUGCUAUACGUGCACGCCGCAAGGUAGCCACCGAAAAAGAUUUCUUGGAAGCUGUCAAUAAGGUCAUUAAGAGUUAUGCCAAAUUUAGUGCUACCCCUCGUUACAUGACCUAUAAUUAAUUUCUAAUUUAAAAAAUUAUUCUGUAAUUAUUUUUAAAUAAAACGAAAAAGAAUUUCAUAGAACGAAUAGAGAGUAGUUCGAGAAAUAAAUGUUUA